AUGCUUUGCGUACCUAAAUUCCGCACUGUUCCCCGCGUGCCGGGUGUUCUUAUCGCGGGUGCGAGGCGGAAUCUCGGCGGCCUGGCCAACUUCAAGGUUCCCCCAAUUCGCAACGAGCCCAACCCAUCAUACGGAAAGAACUCAAUCGAACGGGCAAAGCUUCAAGAUGCGCUGGACAAGCUCAAGAGCCAGGUCCCGGUUCAAGUGCCACUCACCAUUGGUUCCCUGGAGAUUUCUUCAAACUUGAAUAAGUCUCAGGAAAACCCUGCUGACCAUGCUUCGGCUGUGGCCAACUAUCGUGAAGCCUCUGCUGAGCAGGUGAAUGAAGCGAUUGAAAAAGCACUCAAGGCGAAGCCUGAGUGGGAGAAUAUGUCAUUCACCAGCCGAGCAGCAAUCUUCCUGCGGGCAGCCGAGCUCGUUGCCACAAAGUACCGCUAUGAUAUUAUGGCUGCUACGAUGCUCGGCCAGGGUAAGAACAUCUGGCAAGCUGAGAUUGAUGCGGCUGCCGAGACGGCCGAUUUCUAUCGCUUCAACGUGCAUUACGCAUCCGAGUUGUAUAAGCAGCAGAACACUAUGAAUGAGGCCGGCAUGUGGAACCGCUUGGAAUAUCGCCCUCUGGAGGGCUUUGUCUACGCGAUCAGCCCCUUCAACUUUACCGCGAUUGGUGCCAAUCUGAUCGCUGCCCCAGCUAUUAUGGGCAACGUAGUAAUCUGGAAACCCUCUGACUACGCUGUUUAUUCUGGUUAUCUUCAGAAGAAGAUUUUGGAGGAAGCUGGCCUGCCUCCCAACGUCAUUCAAUUCCUUCCUGGCAACGCAAAGGUCGUCACUGAUACUGUCUUGGAAAAUCCCAAGUUCUCAGCCCUUCACUUCACCGGCUCAACUGAAGUGUUCCGCGAUCUCUACGGCCAAAUCUCCGAUGGAGUCCGUAUUGGACGCUACAACAGCUACCCCCGUAUCGUCGGUGAGACCGGUGGUAAGAACUUCGGUGUCGUGCACGGCAGCGCAGAUAUCCGCAAUGCCGUAGUCAACACCGUCCGCGGCGCCUUCGAGUACCAGGGUCAGAAGUGCUCGGCAACGUCCCGUCUUUACGUGGCUGAAUCGGCGUGGCCCGAGUUCAAGAAGCAGCUCGUUGCUGAGACCGAGAGACUGAAGAUGGGCCGCCCCGACGAAUUUGAUAACUUCAUUGGUCCUGUUAUCCACGAGCGCUCCUGGGAAAAACUGAACAAUGCCAUUGAGGAAGCCAAGAAGGAUACCUCGGUGACUCUUUUGGCUGGUGGUCAGACUGACCGUGCCCAGGGCUGGUUCGUGCAGCCUACGGUUUUCCAAGUGGAGGAUCCAUUGCACUCGCUGAUGAAGAAUGAGUUCUUCGGCCCAAUUCUGUCUGUCUUUGUCUUCCCUGACAGCCAGUUUGAGGAAACACUUUCCCAGGUAGACUCGGCUACCAAGUUUGGCCUUACUGGGGCUAUUUUCGCCAAGGAUCGCGUUGCCAUUGAAACUGCCGAAAAGCAGCUACGCCACUCAGCCGGCAACUUCUACAUCAACUGCAAGACCAGCGGCGCCGUUGUAGGCCAUCAACCCUUUGGAGGCUCCCGUGCCAGUGGUACCAAUGACAAGGCCACCAGCACCAACUUGGUUGCUCGCUUUGCAAGCAUCCGCAGCAUCAAGGAGGACUUCCAACUAACCCAUGAUGUCACCUACCCCUCGAACGAGAUGUAG